AUGAUACCAUCCGCUCUUGCCAUCGGCCUCUCGGCGCAAGGCCUCGCCAGAGUCAGAGGAGCCAAGAAGCCUUCGUUCGCGCUACAAGCAGUCUCGCGUCCCGUAAGAAGAAGCCUCGCGACAAGCCCAACGACAGCGGCAGUGGAGCUGCUCGAGGAAGUGGCCGGCAAGGCGACAGCGCUGAACGAUCGUAUUUUAGCCGUCAAGUACGGAGAAGAAGAUACGGUCCCCUUUCGAGGGGUCUUGACGGAGGCGUCGCUCAUUGUCAAGAACCUUGACUCCGCCACCACCAAUCUCGCCGACGCCGUGCGCGGCGGCCCGAACAACAUCGACCGUACGGAGCUGAAAGAGGCAAUCGCAGCCGUUGGAUUCGCUCAAUCGAGUGAAAACUACCUCGAGAUUGCCUUGCAGGCGAAUUUCCGCACCGUCAGCGAGAAGACGAUCGGGCAACUACAGACGGCCGCUGCCGCCCUUGCUGACGAUCUUAAAGCCGUUCGAGCCGUCCUCCUUGAUCUCAAGAAUCUUAACAUCGAGCGGGCCUUCUCCGCUGCGCUCGCGACCGAUCAGUAUCAGCCAGCUGGCGAGCCUUUCGACCGGCACCAAUCCCUGACCGAGGUGUUUCAAUCCCAGCUCGCCAGUGCCAGUAACGGGGAUAAGAAGAAACCGACGCCGAAAUCGAAGGUAGACGUGAAGGGAAGACCGGUGGGUCACCACCCCCCGGGCGUGGGCGGUAAGGGAGGGAAGAACGUUGGGAAGUACGAGCCAGAAAAGGGACACCACCCGAAAGGAACGGGCGGCCAUAAGACAGACAGCCAGAAGACCGUUCAGAGCGGCGGUGCCCAGGGCAAUCAAGGAACCUCGAAGAGCCCUGCUAAGAGUCCCGCUAAGAGCCCCGCUAAGAGCCCCGCUAAGAGCCCCGCUAAGAGUCCCGCUAAGAGUCCCGCCAAGAGUCCCGCUAAGGGUUCCGUGAAGGCUCCUAUUCGGGCGAAUACCGGGUACGGAGCAGUCCGAUUGGCUGCUACUAAGGCGGAUAAGACGGUCGCUCAAGACGGCAGCGGCGACUAUAAGAAGCUACAGGAUGCUGUCAACGCGGUGUCGGACAAUUCCGUGAUUUAUAUCAAGGCUGGAGUGUACAACGAGAUGGUGUCUAUAUACAAGAAGGGGAUUACUCUAAUCGGGGAUGGCAUUGACAAGACCAUCAUUACUGGGUCUGCCAGCGUAUCGUCAGGAUACGACAUCAUCACGUCAGCAACGAUCGGCGUAAAUGGUAACAACUUCGUCGCGAUGUACAUGACCAUUCGCAACACCGCUGGACCCUCGGGACAACAAGCCGUCGCCCUGCGCCUAGAUUCCGAUCAGGCUGCACUGUACCAGGUCAAGGUUACGGGUUACCAAGAUACACUCUUCUGCUCCACCGGCCGUCACUACAUCAAAAACAGCAUCAUCGAGGGCACUGUGGACUUCAUUUUCGGUUACGGGGCCGCCGUUAUACAAUCGUCUACACUCAAUGCGCUCAAAUCUCCAACUUAUACGACGACAGUUCUGGCUUCUGGGUGUUACCAGUCGGGAGCGCUCUGUGGGCUUGUGGUGAUCGACAGUGAUGUGAAUGGUGAUUAUGGUGACAUUUACUUGGGCCGACCGUGGAAGGAGUAUGCCGCCAUGGUGUUUAUCAACACUGACCUGCCUGCGAAGCUGAACAGGAACGGGUGGAUGCCAUGGAAAAUCUCUGAGACGUUUGGUGGAAAGCCAUUCUUGGCAGAGUUUGGCAGCAAGGGCGGUGGUGUCCAGUCAUCAAGAGUAUCGUGGGCGAGACCUGGUGUGGUUUCUUCAUCAUCUCAAGUCAGCAAGUACUACCCCAAUAAUUUCCUCUCGCUGAACUCGUGGAUUGGAAAAACAGGAAUCCCAAUCUUGUUGGCUGGUGCUCACACGCUCGUCACCUCACUCCUCUUCUCCGUGGCUACUGGACCUGGCUGGACCGCAAACGGAUCGUUCUGGGCCAGCUUCUGUGGCCCGAAUGACCCGUACACUCCAGCCUGCAUCAGCACCAACCUUCGCUUCAGUCACAGCCAGCAGACCAGUCAUCUGCACAAUGCCACACUGUCACCCGUGGCAUCGUCAGCAUCACCAUCCGGUUUCACACCCUCCCAAACUAACGCCUUCCGCAAUCCCACGUGGCACCAUCUUCUUAUGCGACAUCAGCAGCACCUCCACCCGUUUUCCCUGGAUACUUCCCCCCCGCUCUUCCACCCGUCCUCCCCCCUUCCCUGGAGCUCCCUUGAGCAAAUUUCAUCAACCUUCCAACGGGCAGGCGUGCUGUUCUGGCCGGAGCUCCUCCUCUCUGUCGCUGCUUCUAUCUGCUGGGCGGGGUUGCUUAUAUGGGAGAUGUUUUCCGCCUUUUCGGCAGCAGGCCACGUCCUUGUAUUGCCCCAUGAGCUAGCAUACGCAGCAGGGCAGGCAGUCACCUACACGCUGGCAGCAGUGGUCCUGCUGCUCUUCCAGAGGCGACGAGAUGUGACUGUUAUUGGUUCGGCACGGGUGUGGCUGUUUCUGAAUGCUGUUCUCAUGCUGCUGCUCUCCAUGGUGAUUCUGCUCCGGCUCUGGAGCAAGAGACUAAGGGGAGGCUUUGGGGAAGGUUUUGGUUUGGUGUCUGGUUCGGGAACUGGUUCAGGAUCUGGUUUGGGAUCUGGUUUGGGAUCUGGUUUGGGGGCUGGUGUGGGACCCGGUGUGGGGUCGGGAGUUGGAGAUUGGAAGGAGGAGAAGGUGACAGCGUGGAGCGAUUUCUUGACACUUGGCAGCUUGCCAUUGGCUCUUUUCUUGGGGGUGGUUGGUGUGCUGGGAAGGCCUGGCUGGGCUCUGGCGCGUGCGCUGCUAGCCUGCUUCUGGCGCCCCCUCCUCACCACCGGCCUGCUGGUGCUGCUCAAGUGUGCGGUGAUGUACGCGGGUCCGCUGCUCCUCUCCCGUUUCGUGGACGUGGCUGCGGGCAAGCAGCGGUUUGAAGGCGAGGGCCUGGCGCUCGUGGCGCUGCUGCUGCUGGCCAAGGUUUCUGAGACAGCCGUGGGGCACCAGUACAACUUCCAGGCGCAGGCCCUGGGACUGGACAUACGAGCAGCAUUAGUAGGAGCGCUGUAUCAGAAGGGCCUGCGCCUAUCCAGCAGGGCGAAGCAGCAGCACACGGUGGGCGAGGUGGUGAACUACAUGUCCACUGACGUGCAGCGACUGGCAGACCUCAUGCUACAGCUGCACAACGUGUGGGUGCUGCCGCUUCAGAUCACCAUUGCUCUUGUUAUUCUCUUCCAGGUGGUGGGGGCGAGCAUGGUGGCAGGGUUGGCAGUGAUGGUGGCGGCGCUGCUGCUGAACCUCCUCAUAGCAGCCUCGCUGCGGGCCACAGUGGGGCACAUUCUUAAAGCCAAGGACCGCCGCAUGAAGGCCACAUCAGAGGCGCUCUCCUCCAUGCGGGUCAUCAAGCUGUACGCCUGGCAAACGUUCUUUGAAAAUCAGAUCAAGACCCUUAGGGGUGCCGAAGCCGGUUGGCUUGCCAGGUACAUGGCGAUAGGCGCGGCCAACAUCUGUCUGCUGUGGCUCUCACCUCUGGCCGUGUCGGUGGGCACGUUUGGUGCCAUGGUGCUCGUGGGUGUGCCGCUCACCCCUGGGGCUGUUUUCACUGCCAUCGCCACCUUCCGCAUUCUUCAGGCACCUUCCACCCCCUCCACCCUUCCCUUCUUCCUCGUACAGGAGCCUCUGCGGUCGUUCCCCUCGGUGGUGGCGGCUCUAGCGCAGGCCAUGGUGUCACUCAAGCGAGUCACCACCUUCCUUCUAGAAGAAGAGAUGCAGAGCGAUGCUGUGACGCGCGUGGAGGGGGCGGCAAAGGAAGGGGUGGGGAUUCAGAGUGGUGCUGUGACGUGCGCGAAUGGGCCGAAGGAAGGGGUGGGGAGUGGGGGACAAGGAAGGGAAGAGAAGAAGGGUGGAGUGAAGGGUGUGGGAAAUGAAGUGGUGGUGCGGGUGCAGAAUGGUGUGUUUAGCUGGGAGGGGGAUGCUAGUAAGCCGACGCUAUACGGAAUCGAGUUGGAGAUUAAAAAGGGGAUGAGGGUGGCUGUGUGUGGGGCGGUGGGGGCGGGCAAGUCAAGCCUGCUGGCGUGCCUGCUUGGGGAGAUGCCCAAGAUGAGAGGCAAGGUCACCAUAGCUGGUCGUACUGCCUAUGUGCCACAGUCCGCUUGGAUCCGAAAUGCCACCGUCCGCGAAAACAUUCUGUUCGGGCAGCCCAUGAAUCAAGCACGCUAUAGCCGGGUGCUGCAGCAGUGCGCGCUACAGCCGGACCUGGCGCUGCUGGCCCAUGGGGACGCCACGCAGAUAGGCGAGAGGGGGGUGAAUCUGAGCGGUGGGCAGAAGCAGAGGAUACAACUGGCCCGGGCCAUGUAUGCUGGGGGAGGGGGAAUCGGCGCACUGGAAACGAGGAAAGGCCCGGAAGGGGGACUUGGAGGAGGGAUGGGGGAAGACAUAAGAGAAGGAGAAGCAGGUGGGGAGCAGAGGGAGAGGGCUGACGGAACGGGGGUUACGGAGGAGGGGAGGGAAGGUGCGGAGGAGCAAGGGGGUGCUGCGGAGGUGUUUCUACUAGACGAUCCGUUCAGCGCUGUUGAUGCUCACACUGGCUCGCAGCUCUUCACUGAGUGUGUGCUGAGGGGCCUAGCGGGGAAGACUGUGAUUCUGGUGACACACCAGGUGGACUUCCUGCCCGCUAUGGACCUCAUUCUGGUGAUUAGGGAGGGGCGCAUCGUGCAGAGUGGGCAAUAUGACGAGCUGUUGGCGCAAGGAACGGAUUUUUCCUCCCUUGUGGACGCUCACACCGAUGCCAUGCACUCCCUCUCCGCCACCACCACCACCGCUGCUCCUGCUGCUGCUGCUGCUUCUGCUGCUGCUGCUAGUGCCGCUGGUGAUGCCCUCUUCUCCCGCAUGCUGCACGCUGUGUUCCGAGCUCCCAUGAGCUUUUUCGACUCCACUCCCGCAGGAAGAGUGCUAUCCCGGGCGUCAACAGACCAGGCUACAGUGGAUCUAGACCUCCCAUUCCGCUUUGGAACGGUGCUCUCCCUUCUCUUCCAGCUGCUCGGCAUCCUCUCAGUCACCUCCUUCAUUACCUGGCCUGUGCUUUUUGCUGUAGUGCCCCUCGCUUACUUCUACUUUUCAUAUCAGGAGUACUACCUGACCACGUCCAGGGAGCUCUCUCGCUUGGAUGGCAUCACCAAGUCACCCAUCAUCGAGCACUUCAGCGAGUCGCUAGCCGGGGCAGCAGUGAUUCGGGCCUUUGGUGAAGAAUCUCGGUUCGCCCACAUGAGUGCAGCGCGGGUAGACAGCAACACGCGAGUGGCGUUCUGCAGCAGAGGCGCUGUGGAGUGGCUGGGGUUCCGCCUGGAGCUGAUGGGCUCGCUGCUGCUCUGCUUCUCUGCUCUCAUGCUCACACUGCUGCCGCCCUCUGUGGUGUCCCCUGGUCUGGCAGGCAUGUCCCUAUCCUACGGCCUUGCUCUCUCGCAGGCGCUCUUCUUCGUGGUGUGGUCGUGGUGUUCCCUGGAGAACCAGAUGGUCUCAGUGGAGCGAAUUCUGCACUUCUCCCAUCCCGCUGUGCCCUCCGAAGCCCCUCUUGUUGUCUCUAACCAUCGGCCUCCCCCUCACUGGCCAAACAAGGGGCGAGUGGAGUUUGAUGGCCUUCAGGUCCAGUACCGGCCAGACCUGCCAAUGGUUCUUAAGGGCGUGACUCUAACCAUCCCAGGCGGGAACAAGGUGGGGAUUGUGGGCCGCACCGGCAGCGGCAAGUCAACUCUCGUCGCUGCUCUCUUUCGAUUGGUCGAGCCGGCGGGCGGCAGGGUGGUGAUUGAUGACGUGGACAUUGGGAGCAUCGGACUGGGCGACCUGAGGGGACGCCUGGCUAUCAUACCGCAGGACCCAACUCUGUUUCAGGGGUCGAUUCGAAUGAACCUCGACCCAGCGGGGGAAUAUAGUGAUGCUCAGAUAUGGGAGGCACUGGAUCGAUGUCAGCUGGGGGACACUGUGAGGAGCAUGGAGGCAAAGCUGGGUGCACAGGUGGUGGAGGGAGGGGAGAACUGGAGCGUGGGGCAAAGGCAGCUAUUCUGUCUUGGGCGGGCGCUGCUGAGGAACUCGCGGAUUCUCGUGCUGGAUGAAGCUACGGCAUCCGUUGAUUCCGCCACCGACGCGGCGAUCCAACGAACGAUAAAGGAGAGCUUUGGCGGGGCGACUAUCAUCAGCAUCGCGCACCGGAUCGCGACGGUCAUUGACAGUGACAUGGUGGUGGUGAUGGAUGGGGGAGCCGUGGCAGAGCGCAAUUCACCAGCUGAGCUCAUGCGUGACCCUGAUUCCAUGUUCUCGCGCCUUGUGGCGGAAUAUGCGAGACAGCGGAUUUCCCGCAGAAGCUUGCCUUCGGCUUUUCGGGUAGACGCUAUCCCGUUCGCGUCGUUCACUGAUCCCAUUUCGCCUCGCAGGAUCGCGACAAUGGAUAAGGAUCAAGCCGCUCCUGCAGCAGAGACCGUCGACGCGACGGCUGCAGCUGCUGCUGACCUGUCAAUCGCCGAUAAGCCAGCAGCGGAGGCCACGGAGCAGAAAGACCAGAAAGAGAAGAAGGAGAAGAAGGAGAAACCCAAGAAGGAGAAGGUCCCUAAGGAGAAAAAGCCCAACCAACAAGGCGGAGGCGGCAGAGGCGGAGGAGGGGGGAAGAAGGAGGUGAAGAAGGAGACACUCCUUGGUCUGUCGGUUAAGAAAUCGGAGGACUAUGGGAAGUGGUACUCGGAGGUUGUGGUUCAGUCAGAGCUCAUUGAGUACUAUGACGUGUCCGGCUGCUACAUCCUGCGACCCUGGUCCUACUCCAUCUGGGAAACCAUCAAGGAUUUCUUUGACGCGGAGAUCAAGCAGCUGGGUGUGCAGAACUCCUACUUCCCCAUGUUCGUUUCUCAAAGGGCUCUCAACGCUGAGAAGGACCAUGUCGAGGGCUUUGCUCCUGAGGUGGCUUGGGUGACCAAGUCAGGCCAGUCUGAGCUGGACGUGCCCAUCGCCAUCCGCCCCACGAGUGAGACGGUGAUGUACCCCAUCUACGCCAAGUGGAUCCACUCGCACCGCGACCUGCCCCUGAAGCUCAACCAGUGGAACAGCGUCGUGCGCUGGGAGUUCAAGCACCCCACGCCCUUCAUCCGGAGUCGCGAGUUCCUGUGGCAAGAGGGGCAUACGGCCUUUGCCAGUAAGGAGGAGGCGGACGUCGAGGUACUCGCCAUCCUGGAGCUGUACCGCCGCAUCUACGAGGAGCUUCUCGCCGUGCCGGUGGUGAAGGGCGUGAAGAGCGAGCGGGAGAAGUUCGCUGGUGGUCUCUACACCACCACUGUGGAGGCGUUCAUCCCAGCAACAGGCAGGGGCAUUCAGUCAGCCACGUCGCACUGCCUGGGGCAGAACUUUGCCAAGAUGUUCAACAUCGAGUUUGAGGACGACAAGGGCGCCAAGCAGAUGGUCUGGCAGAACAGCUGGGGGCUCUCCACGCGCUCCAUCGGCGUGAUGGUGAUGGUGCAUUCAGACGACAAGGGCCUGGUCCUCCCCCCCAACGUGGCGCCCAUCCAGGCCAUCGUCGUCCCCAUCCCCUUCAAGGACGCCGACCGCGCCGCUGUCGUGGCUGCAGCUGCCGACGUGGGCGCCCAGUUGCGGGCAGCGGGGGUGCGAGUGAAGGAGGACACGCGGGACAACUACUCGCCGGGCUUUAAGUACAACUUCUGGGAGCUCAGGGGGGUGCCGAUUCGCGUGGAGCUUGGCCCUAGGGACCUGGCCAACAAGCAGGUGAAGGAGGACACGCGGGACAACUACUCGCCGGGCUUUAAGUACAACUUCUGGGAGCUCAGGGGGGUGCCGAUUCGCGUGGAGCUUGGCCCUAGGGACCUGGCCAACAAGCAGGCGGGGGUGCGAGUGAAGGAGGACACGCGGGACAACUACUCGCCGGGCUUUAAGUACAACUUCUGGGAGCUCAGGGGGGUGCCGAUUCGCGUGGAGCUUGGCCCUAGGGACCUGGCCAACAAGCAGGUGGUGCUCGUGCGGCGAGACACGGGAGUGAAGGAGACAGCGCCGUGGGAGGGGCUGGGCGAGCGAGUUAAAGCCCUCCUUGCCACAAUCCACGCGGACAUGCUGGCUCGCGCCACCAAGGAGCGCGAUGACAGCAUCGUGAAGAUCACCAAGUGGGAAGAAUUCAUGCUGGCCAUUGACGCCAAGAAGAUGGUGCUGGCGCCGUGGUGCGACGAGGAGGCGGUGGAGGAGGAUGUUCGGAAGAGGAGCGCUGGUGCUGGGGAGGGCGGAUCCGCCAAGACAUUGUGCAUGCCGUUCGAGCAGCCUGAGCUCCCUGAAGGCACACUCUGCUUUGCAUCGGGCAAGCCAGCCAAGAAGUGGGCUCUCUGGGGACGCAGCUACUAA